AAUACCAACGUAAAAAUCGUAAUAUCGCUAUGUCUAGGAUUUUAAUAAGAUAGGUGUGUUUUGGGUUCUGGUUGUUUACAAACUUAAUUAUUUAUUUUAAAACCAUGAACGCCCUUAUUUCUUCGUAUAUAUUCAUAAUUUUAAUUGUAGGUAAUAUAAAUAUAUCAUCUGCUUUAGAAUGUUAUGUUUGUGAAAGACAAGAGAGCAACAAUGAAAAAUGUGGAAGUACAAUGCAGACUUGUCAAACUGAGCAGGAUGUGUGUUUAACAGAAAUAAGCUGGGGUAGUACUCCGUAUUGGACUGAAGGUGCUAAAAAACAAUAUUACAUCUCAAAGAUGUGUGCAACAAAAGCACAAUGUCAUCAAAAACGUAGUGCAAGUAUGAUUCAUUGUACACACAUUUGGUAUGAAGAUUGGAGAUGUUUUGAUUGUUGUCGAGGAGAUAGGUGUAACUAUUACAUCUUUUCAAAUUCUGGACGAAAUGCUGUAUCAAAAAUAUUAGUUGGGGUUACACUUUUAUUAACAUUUUUUAUUCAUCAUUCUUGAUAGUGUUAAUUACUAAAACUACUUUCAUUUCUUCACCAGCAUGAAAUCAAAGUUAUGCCUCAAAUUGUUAAACCAUAUCUUACAAAUGUCUGUUGUAAGACAAUUAUCAAUUAAUAAAUUGGUAGUGAAGAAAAUGCAUAAAAGUAAUGUUAUAGUGCCUUAUAAUUAAUUAUUGUACAUUUCAAAUGAUUAUGAAUCUCAGUUUUGAAUAUUUUAGAUUAUAGUGUAACAAAAGUUUUAUAUUGACCUUACACUUAUUUUAUAUUGUUUAUUUAAAACGAAUCUAUUAUUAUAUCCGUCCAUUUUAAUGAAAUAAAU